UUCCUGCUGAGUUUCCUUCCAGUGCAGCACCUGUUGGGUGGCCAGUCUUCCCCCAGCUUUCCAGCAGCUCAGCUCCCAGUCCGCUCCACACUCCAGGUUACAGAUUCCAGCUCCCGGCGGCGUUCCCUGAACUUUUUCUUUUUUUGUUUUGAACUGAAACUGAGAUUAAAGCAUCUAUUAAAACUUCUGUACGCGCGCUUCAGGAGCAUGCUGGACCCUGCUCUCGCGCGGCUGUUGGAACUCCGUUCCUCGGAUCCGCGGAGAAACUGGGGAGAGACGCGUUUCCCGGAGCUUUCCGAGAAGAGCACCGCGCUGCUCUCUGGAUGUUAACGGAUCAGGAAGCGCGCGCUGCGGGUUCUGCUGCGGGCGGGUUCUAGGACUGUUCUGGACGGGUUCUGUUCAGGUUCUUGCUGUGUUCUGACUGUUGGAGAAACUUUAGUUUAAGUGAAGAAGCGCAGAAGUUGAGACAGUGCGCAGGUGCGCGCUCCCCUCUCCUCUCCCGGGACUAUGAGGGUUUCAGCCCGCGCUGUCUCGCGCCUCAGGUGUCCGGACCCGGAGAGCUGUAUUAGGACAGGUUAAAGGCUCACCUGACUCAACGCUCCGCCGCCAACCGCCAGCCAAAUGCCGCCUCUCCCGAUACUCUGCCUGCUGUGGUGUUUCCUGCGGAGCUGCUGGGCCGAGUCCGCUCUCAUCUCCAAACUGCAGCACGGAGAGGCCAAGGAGCUCAACGGAGUUCAGGAGUCUCAGCAUGAGAAGGUGGUGAGGGUGAGCGGUGAGGGAAUGAUACACAGCCCCGGGUUCCCGCACACUUACCCCCGCAACACUGCCAUCGUGUGGAGGCUGGUCACAGCCAGCGAAGGCUCCAGAAUCCAGCUGACCUUUGACUCUCGUUUCGGCCUGGAGGACCCAGAGGACGGAGUCUGCAAGUAUGAUUACGUGGAGGUGGAGGAGAUCUCUGAGGGCUUGGUUCUGGGUCGCUGGUGCGGCUCUCAGGACGUUCCUGGACCUCAGGUUUCCAAAGGGAACCAAAUCCGGGUUCGGUUUGUUUCGGAUGAGUACUUCCCCUCCGACCCAGGAUUCUGCAUCCAAUACUCUCUGCUCCAGCAGAAGCCGGACGCUCCUGCUGUAAUGCCGCUGCUGCCGGUUCUGCAGACUGUGGAGGCUCUGGGGGACGCGCUGGCUGAUUUCGGCACUGUGGAGGAGCUGCUGAAGUACCUGGAGCCGGACCGCUGGCAGCUGGACCUGGAGGAGCUCUAUAAGCCCACGUGGCACAUGCUGGGCAAGUCCUUCUUCGUCCAGAAGAAAGCCAGAGGGGUGGUGGAUCUGAAUCUGCUGCGUGAGGAGGUUCGGAUGUACAGCUGCACGCCGCGGAACGUGUCGGUGUCACUGCGGGAGGAGCUGAAGAGAACAGAUGUGAUCUACUGGCCCAGCUGUCUCCUGGUGAAGCGCUGCGGGGGGAACUGUGCCUGCUGCUCACACCGCUGCUACGACUGCCACUGCACCCCCACCAGAGUGACCAAGAAAUACCACGAGGUCCUGAUGCUGAAAAUGAGGCCGGGUGGCAGGGGGCCGCAGAAGUCUUUGACGGACGUCCCGCUGGAGCACCACGAGGAGUGUAGCUGCGUGUGCAAGGAUGAUUCGGACUGAAUCCGACACGGAGAAGGAGCUUUAUUGGCCCCCGUGAGGACUGAGCUUCACCUGGGGAGAUAUUUAUUCGUGGCUUACUGACGGAGCCAUUUCUCUACCACCGUCCCGAAACUAAUGAAACCUGGAGAUAGACAUCUUUUUAUCGGACUCGUCUGAGUCUCGGGCUCCAGCGCUCCUGCUCUCGCGGAUCUGCCUGUAUCUCAUAAAGACAUUUCCAUCUGUCCCCUUUAACUGUUGAGCGUUUGGAGGGGAAAUUCUGUACAACGUGGCAGAGUGUAUGUGUGUGUGCGUUGGUGUGUGUUUACGUGCUGUACAUGUGAGUGUGUGUGUCGGUAUGAGUGCACACUUAUGUGAUAUGAGGGGUUUGAGGAGGAUGAAGCUGAACUCACCAGCUGUACUUAAGUUCAAGCGUAGGCUAGUUGUUAUGAGUGGUAAAUGUCAAAAUAAUUCAUUUUAAACAGUUACUAGGACAAAUAUUAAGAUUUAAUUUAGUUAUUUGUAGAGAACCUACCAAACGAGUGUGAAAUUCUGGGUUAUUGUAGAGAAACCCACUGAUUUGGAUGUAUAUAAAUGUAUUUAUGUUUAAAAGGAUUUGGACACCUGCUAAAUCAAAGCCAUAUUUCUAAAAUCAAAGGUCUCUACUGUCCAGAGAAGGCAAUUUACUAUUUAAAUAUAAUUUUGGAACAUUACUGUAAGGAUUUGAUUGCGAUCAGCCACAUUAGAAUAUUAGUGAAGUCAGGAAGUUGGGUAAUCACCGCCCAAUCACCUUAUCCCCAACUCCUCAUUCCAAACUCAUCCCAAAUAUAUUGAACAUCAUUCCACGGAACAUAGUUCCAUCUCUCCACAGCUCAGUGCUGAAGCAACCCUAUUUUGCCUAUUCCUGCCAUUAGGCAUGGUGCCAAUACUGUAAGUUUAUGUUUUAUGUUUAUCUGCUUCAGAAAGUCAUAUUCUAUUGACAAUACAAGUACUACUAAAAGCUAGCCUGUGUUGACCUCAAGUAGAGCUGGUCCAGUUGGUGAGUGGAUUGUGUUAUAGUGUGAAAGAGAAAGUGGGUGAGAGACAAUAGGAAAGAGAAUGAAUGAACAAAGAGAGAGAGAAAGAAAAAGAGACACAGAGACUGAUCUUUGCUACUAAUCACUCCCCAUAUGAAGAGAAUCCUGCACCAGCAGUUGUUUCUUUACAGCUUCAAAUGUCUCAAAAGCUUUUCAGAAGUGCUGGGAUGAUGCCUUUGAUAUCAAGACACUUUUCCCUGGUGAUCAGAGGUGGACCUGUCCUCUACAUUUCACAGAACUACAUACAUAAACUGGUGCUUUAAUUCCUACAGAGAGAUACUUUAAUCUGAGAGGAAGUGGGCGGGGACAGAUGGCUGAGGGACUGUUUACUCCUCUUCUGCGGCGUUUGGACUUCAUAAGCAUCGCAUUUAAGGAUUGUGUGAAAAAGAAAGAAGAAAGCAUAUUAUUGCUGUCUUUUAAAAAAAUACCGUAACUAAAAUAGAAAUAGAGGACAUUUUCUGCCUGAACUCACAAAAAACAAACUAUGGGGUCCAAAUCUAAGAACACUCUGACUCUGAAAAUCAAGCUAUUUAUUCCUGAUAAAAUAAACAAUCAAAAGCUUUGCAUGG